CUUAGGUUCCAACCGUCAAAUCGUGGUCUGGUUAUGGACUUACAACAAGCACUUUUUGUUCGGUAUGUUGGUUUUGCGUUCAAAUGGAAUUCCAGUUUGUCUACUUUGAAUUUUACUGUUGACUACAGCCUGGAUGGAAUUCACUGGAGCGAUUAUGUGGAGGAUGAACGAGUCAAGGUAAAACAGUUCUAUGUUCGCGUCCUCCACAAAACAUCGCAUUAUGAAGUUUCACGUCGUAUAUUUAUUAAGCAACCUCGACGGCGGAGUAAACGUGACCUAUUAAGUGAAUGCGCACUUUUUCGAAUUUCAUCGUUCUUAUUCCAUCUCGUUCAAAUUGUCAAAUGCUGAAGAAUCGUUCUGGAGUUGAAUUCUAAAGCACUGUAUCUAGGUUCAGAAAAAGAAUAAGACAAUUGUCGUCUUAUGUCCUCGUCCUCCAAUGACGUGAAAUUAGGAAUUUUUGCGUCGUAGUCGUGCAAGAACGGCAAAGAAAUGUGCAAAAUAUAUAUAGCGCGAUUCAUGUGAAAAGUUGUUGUUUUGCAAGCCCUUAUGAGUUUCUGAUAUAACUCACUACUUUUCCGCCGUUCUCGUUGUCGACGCCGUCGUUGUUGCAUAAGCUCCCUGGGCUCGGUUGUUUGAAAGAUGAUGGAUAGUGCUAUCCACUGAAUAAAUCUCUAUCCCGUGGAUAAAACAACUGGUUUCUCUAAUACUUGUCCGUUGGAUAGUUAUUUAUCCGGUGGAUAGCGCUAUCUUAAGUUUGAACAACCCGGGCCAAACGUGAAAAAAAUUUACCAAAAAGCGUGACGCACUUGCAGAGCUUUUUUUUUACCCAUAAAAACAACUUUUUUGACCUUCUUCGUCGUGGUUGCUUUUGAGCGCUAAGUUUUAAUCUAGGAAAUUUAAUACUAAUCAGUAAAGCACAGAUAUAAACCUGCUAAACAGAAUGCAAGUACUAGAUCUUGCUCAACUUCAAAGUCCUCUUAGUUGAUCAUUUUUUGACCAUAUUUUGACCAUAUUUUGGGUGUUUCCGCAGGAUACAGAAUUCAAAGUAAUCGUGGGUGGAAGAUUUGCCAAGAGCUUUCUUAUUGUUUUUAUCAAUCGAUAUUUGAGCCUGAAAACGUCGCUUUCUCUCGACAGAUUAUUCGAGCGCAAAAAGAAGACCAAGGGCAAUGUUUGUGUCGUAAAUUAUUCACAAGGUUCUUGCGGAUAAAGUCGAUCAAUGAAGAAGACAUUGGGGACACGCUGGAGGGUCAUGUCGAGGCAUCUCUCUGUUCAACGUUCCGUAAGUUCUAUAAGCUUAAUUAGAAAACUCUUUAGUAUCUAUGUAAGUGACAACAUUCAUUACAAUAAAAAUAAAGAAUCAUUGGAUAGGCAGAGCUUAAUCAGUUAAAAUUAUGCAGAUCGUGGCCGGGGUAUUCUUUUCUGAAGCCGAAGAUUAAGUAGAAAAAAAACCCUUUAAGGUCCGCGUUUAGCUGCCCGCCCUUAUUCCUCGACGGCUUUCAAUUUUACUUAAACCGCAAUCAAUCUUGGGUUUCUAUAUAAUCCUUUUUCUAAUUUCUUAUCAGUACAUUUCAUGAACCUAUAUCUUCUUCGGUAAGCGUCGGAAAUCACAUCGCUAUUUUCGCGCUUUUUAGUUUCACAUUGCUUCACAUUGCCUUUCUGCUUUGUAAUGUCAUUCCUCCAAUAAUUCGAUAUCCAUUGUUGGACGAUGUACCUCAAAUAUAUUUGGCCAAUGUCGUAAAUCCUUAGUUUAGUCAGCGUAAGAGCCAUUAUGGCUCUUGGUCAGCGAUAUUAGCUCGUUAUGAAAAAUACACUGUCGGAACAUUUAAAAUUGAAAUGAAUAAUAUGAAUAAUGACGUGUAUUUUGCUUAGUGAUGUUCGUAACAGGUAAAGACGUAACGAGAGUGUUUCAAUGAUCUUGCCAAUUAAUUGUUACGUUCCUUGUUUUAAUCUUAUGUCACGUUGUUCGAUCAACCUGACGAUUAGCUUACUUUUCUCUUCUUUUGCUUUUAACGUCGUAAAACUGAAAAAUUAUCCGUAUAAAAAAAAAAAUGAAAUUUAUCCAGAAACUUAUCCGUAUUAUUAGAAUCAGCGCACUGACGUUUAUGUCAUCCACUGGGACUUUUGACUUGAUUUUUUAUAACUGCUUGAGAUUUCUUAGAAUUUUGAAUUGGGAAGGGGUUUUGCCGAAAUUUUGUAUUGAUAUUGACGUUUUCCUUUUUAUGAAUAUUUUACUGAGGUUUUGUAUGCAGCUUUUUAUAAGAUUUUUAUAAAGUAUUACUGUUAGUUCAAAAAAAUUUAUCAAAAAAUGAUAAUGAUAAUAAUAAUAAUAGUAGUUAUAAUGAUACUAAUACUGAGGAAGUUUUAUUUGAGGAGGUUUUAAUUAUAUCAUCAGUCUUGACACCCUACAAUGGAGGUCAAAAGUGUUGGGACCUCUCCAGUGAUAUUACUAAAACUAGCGACCCCUCCCCUCCCACCCCAAACAAAGUUGAAUUUGGAGCAAAAUGGGUGAGAAUGAGUGCUUUUUUGGCCACAACAUUGCUAGGGGGAGUGGGGAAACGACGGGAUGAACCCAAAGCCGAACAAAAAAAUUGUCCUUAGGAGCAGGGUUCUACGUAACAAUUGCUUGGAAGGGCUUUUUCACACAGUCCCAAGUUCUUUUGUCCUCCAUUGUCUGAGAUUGAUUUACAGCGAUAAAAUGAAUUUUUCGUCAUCUUUCACUACAAAAAUAUAGGAAAACGUUUCCAUUAGAACUGUUAAAGUGUAGCUUUUUAGUAAAAUGCUUUCUAUACGCUGCAGCUGAUCCGUCUGUCACGCCAAAGAGUUACGGAUACCUUGCCAAACGGGGGUAUUCGCCGUGGACAUUCAGUUUACCCAAAAGGAACUAAGUGAUUAUUUGAACGACGUGUUUUGGAUUGAGCUCUUAAAGGCAUUUAAUGCUGGUAGUACCUAUAUUUACUAUCUGAGAAGAUGUACUUGGAAGACACAAAAGGCAUUUCUUAGCCAAGCCAGAAUACGACCUUUUUUAUACCCUACAAACUACACCUGUAACAUUCUGUAAGGCCCGGCCCAGAUAUACUUAGCGUGCGCCCUGUAGGUUCUGCGUCAACGUGUGAACGCGGAGACAUGAACAAAUUUCAGAAGAUUGUCUUACACUUGAGCGAUCAAACAGCCAAAUUGAACGGUGAGCAUAAUUCCCUGUGACUUCUGCUUCCCUAACAUUAUUCUGUUGACUGCUCCCAACAUAUCUGCCCUGAUAUUGCCGGAAAUUACUAUGCGUGACCUAUUCUAUACUUUACGUUACUCCACAGUUCUCACAGUUCUCGCCCUACAGUUCUCACCUGUAAAAAGUCUAUUUUCCUGCGUUUGAAACAGUGAUAAGCAAAUUAUGUGCUUUCACAUAUUGUAUCUCAUCUAGUCUGAGAGAAAAACGUGCUUGUACUGGAAAGUCUUAAGCAUAAUAGGCUACUUUUAACAGUUCUCGCCCCUAACUAAAUAAUAGACAAAAUUUCAAACAUUAUUUUUAUACUAUAACAGGGCGAGAACUGUCGUAAAUCACUCAACGCUUCUGUUUUAUGCAGGGAAAUAGCAAUAAUUCAUCGCAAACAAACAUUUUAUCACUGUUUCGAUACAGUUUGAUGAUAAAUCAGAUUUCCAAGGACAUAUAUAUUCACAUAAAUAGCCGAGAACUGAAUGCGAGACAUGUUAACAGGCGCUCAACUACUCAGUGUAACGCAACCUCGAGAUUCCGUUACACUGUCUUCUUUGGCAUCAACGUUCAAGAUACUAUAAAAUAUCUACCAUUUGGCAUGUCUGGAACUGUAGCCCAAAGUGUUACUGACGCUACAUUGCUUUUUACAAAGACAAAGAAGAAACUUUGCAAACAUAUAACAGAAAAGUGCUCUAUUAAUGAUGUUACGGCUAAUGUCGUGAUUAUUUCCAGCACUGUUAGAGCAAAAGAAUAGCUGUUCUGGUCUGAAAAAAUAUAUCAUACCGUCGUCAAAAGAUCAAUUCCAGCAUUAAGGUAUUCAUUGUGCAACAGCUCACAAAGCAACGUCUAAUUUUGUAAACAAAGUGGUUUUCAGACAAUGGAGGUCAAAAGUGUUGGGACCUCUCCAGUGAUAUUACUAAAACUAGCGACCCCUCCCUCCCACCCCAAACAAAGUUGAAUUUGGAGCAAAAUGGGUGAGAAUGAGUGCUUUUUGGCCACAACAUUGCUAGGGGAGUGGGGAAACGACGGGAUGAACCCAAAGCCGAACAAAAAAAUUGUCCUUAGGAGCAGGGUUCUACGUAACAAUUGCUUGGAAGGGCUUUUUCACACAGUCCCAAGUUCUUUUGUCCUCCAUUGUCUGAGAUUGAUUUACAGCGAUAAAAUGAAUUUUUCGUCAUCUUUCACUACAAAAAUAUAGGAAAACGUUUCCAUUAGAACUGUUAAAGUGUAGCUUUUUAGUAAAAUGCUUUCUAUACGCUGCAGCUGAUCCGUCUGUCACGCCAAAGAGUUACGGAUACCUUGCCAAACGGGGGUAUUCGCCGUGGACAUUCAGUUUACCCAAAAGGAACUAAGUGAUUAUUUGAACGACGUGUUUUGGAUUGAGCUCUUAAAGGCAUUUAAUGCUGGUAGUACCUAUAUUUACUAUCUGAGAAGAUGUACUUGGAAGACACAAAAGGCAUUUCUUAGCCAAGCCAGAAUACGACCUUUUUUAUACCCUACAAACUACACCUGUAACAUUCUGUAAGGCCCGGCCCAGAUAUACUUAGCGUGCGCCCUGUAGGUUCUGCGUCAACGUGUGAACGCGGAGACAUGAACAAAUUUCAGAAGAUUGUCUUACACUUGAGCGAUCAAACAGCCAAAUUGAACGGUGAGCAUAAUUCCCUGUGACUUCUGCUUCCCUAACAUUAUUCUGUUGACUGCUCCCAACAUAUCUGCCCUGAUAUUGCCGGAAAUUACUAUGCGUGACCUAUUCUAUACUUUACGUUACUCCACAGUUCUCACAGUUCUCGCCCUACAGUUCUCACCUGUAAAAAGUCUAUUUUCCUGCGUUUGAAACAGUGAUAAGCAAAUUAUGUGCUUUCACAUAUUGUAUCUCAUCUAGUCUGAGAGAAAAACGUGCUUGUACUGGAAAGUCUUAAGCAUAAUAGGCUACUUUUAACAGUUCUCGCCCCUAACUAAAUAAUAGACAAAAUUUCAAACAUUAUUUUUAUACUAUAACAGGGCGAGAACUGUCGUAAAUCACUCAACGCUUCUGUUUUAUGCAGGAAAUAGCAAUAAUUCAUCGCAAACAAACAUUUUAUCACUGUUUCGAUACAGUUUGAUGAUAAAUCAGAUUUCCAAGGACAUAUAUAUUCACAUAAAUAGCCGAGAACUGAAUGCGAGACAUGUUAACAGGCGCUCAACUACUCAGUGUAACGCAACCUCGAGAUUCCGUUACACUGUCUUCUUUGGCAUCAACGUUCAAGAUACUAUAAAAUAUCUACCAUUUGGCAUGUCUGGAACUGUAGCCCAAAGUGUUACUGACGCUACAUUGCUUUUUUACAAAGACAAAGAAGAAACUUUGCAAACAUAUAACAGAAAAGUGCUCUAUUAAUGAUGUUACGGCUAAUGUCGUGAUUAUUUCCAGCACUGUUAGAGCAAAAGAAUAGCUGUUCUGGUCUGAAAAAAUAUAUCAUACCGUCGUCAAAAGAUCAAUUCCAGCAUUAAGGUAUUCAUUGUGCAACAGCUCACAAAGCAACGUCUAAUUUUGUAAACAAAGUGGUUUUCAGACAAUGGAGGUCAAAAGUGUUGGGACCUCUCCAGUGAUAUUACUAAAACUAGCGACCCCUCCCCUCCCACCCCAAACAAAGUUGAAUUUGGAGCAAAAUGGGUGAGAAUGAGUGCUUUUUUGGCCACAACAUUGCUAGGGGGAGUGGGGAAACGACGGGAUGAACCCAAAGCCGAACAAAAAAAUUGUCCUUAGGAGCAGGGUUCUACGUAACAAUUGCUUGGAAGGGCUUUUUCACACAGUCCCAAGUUCUUUUGUCCUCCAUUGUCUGAGAUUGAUUUACAGCGAUAAAAUGAAUUUUUCGUCAUCUUUCACUACAAAAAUAUAGGAAAACGUUUCCAUUAGAACUGUUAAAGUGUAGCUUUUUAGUAAAAUGCUUUCUAUACGCUGCAGCUGAUCCGUCUGUCACGCCAAAGAGUUACGGAUACCUUGCCAAACGGGGGUAUUCGCCGUGGACAUUCAGUUUACCCAAAAGGAACUAAGUGAUUAUUUGAACGACGUGUUUUGGAUUGAGCUCUUAAAGGCAUUUAAUGCUGGUAGUACCUAUAUUUACUAUCUGAGAAGAUGUACUUGGAAGACACAAAAGGCAUUUCUUAGCCAAGCCAGAAUACGACCUUUUUUAUACCCUACAAACUACACCUGUAACAUUCUGUAAGGCCCGGCCCAGAUAUACUUAGCGUGCGCCCUGUAGGUUCUGCGUCAACGUGUGAACGCGGAGACAUGAACAAAUUUCAGAAGAUUGUCUUACACUUGGGCGAUCAAACAGCCAAAUUGAACGGUGAGCAUAAUUCCCUGUGACUUCUGCUUCCCUAACAUUAUUCUGUUGACUGCUCCCAACAUAUCUGCCCUGAUAUUGCCGGAAAUUACUAUGCGUGACCUAUUCUAUACUUUACGUUACUCCACAGUUCUCACAGUUCUCGCCCUACAGUUCUCACCUGUAAAAGUCUAUUUUCCUGCGUUUGAAACAGUGAUAAGCAAAUUAUGUGCUUUCACAUAUUGUAUCUCAUCUAGUCUGAGAGAAAAACGUGCUUGUACUGGAAAGUCUUAAGCAUAAUAGGCUACUUUUAACAGUUCUCGCCCCUAACUAAAUAAUAGACAAAAUUUCAAACAUUAUUUUUAUACUAUAACAGGGCGAGAACUGUCGUAAAUCACUCAACGCUUCUGUUUUAUGCAGGAAAUAGCAAUAAUUCAUCGCAAACAAACAUUUUAUCACUGUUUCGAUACAGUUUGAUGAUAAAUCAGAUUUCAAGGACAUAUAUAUUCACAUAAAUAGCCGAGAACUGAAUGCGAGACAUGUUAACAGGCGCUCAACUACUCAGUGUAACGCAACCUCGAGAUUCCGUUACACUGUCUUCUUUGGCAUCAACGUUCAAGAUACUAUAAAAUAUCUACCAUUUGGCAUGUCUGGAACUGUAGCCCAAAGUGUUACUGACGCUACAUUGCUUUUUACAAAGACAAAGAAGAAACUUUGCAAACAUAUAACAGAAAAGUGCUCUAUUAAUGAUGUUACGGCUAAUGUCGUGAUUAUUUCCAGCACUGUUAGAGCAAAAGAAUAGCUGUUCUGGUCUGAAAAAAUAUAUCAUACCGUCGUCAAAAGAUCAAUUCCAGCAUUAAGGUAUUCAUUGUGCAACAGCUCACAAAGCAACGUCUAAUUUUGUAAACAAAGUGGUUUUCAGACAAUGGAGGUCAAAAGUGUUGGGACCUCUCCAGUGAUAUUACUAAAACUAGCGACCCCUCCCCUCCCACCCCAAACAAAGUUGAAUUUGGAGCAAAAUGGGUGAGAAUGAGUGCUUUUUGGCCACAACAUUGCUAGGGGGAGUGGGGAAACGACAGGAUGAACCCAAAGCCGAACAAAAAAUUGUCCUUAGGAGCAGGGUUCUACGUAACAAUUGCUUGGAAGGGCUUUUUUCACACAGUCCCAAGUUCUUUUGUCCUCCAUUGUCUGAGAUUGAUUUACAGCGAUAAAAUGAAUUUUUCGUCAUCUUUCACUACAAAAAUAUAGGAAAACGUUUCCAUUAGAACUGUUAAAGUGUAGCUUUUUAGUAAAAUGCUUUCUAUACGCUGCAGCUGAUCCGUCUGUCACGCCAAAGAGUUACGGAUACCUUGCCAAACGGGGGUAUUCGCCGUGGACAUUCAGUUUACCCAAAAGGAACUAAGUGAUUAUUUGAACGACGUGUUUUGGAUUGAGCUCUUAAAGGCAUUUAAUGCUGGUAGUACCUAUAUUUACUAUCUGAGAAGAUGUACUUGGAAGACACAAAAGGCAUUUCUUAGCCAAGCCAGAAUACGACCUUUUUUAUACCCUACAAACUACACCUGUAACAUUCUGUAAGGCCCGGCCCAGAUAUACUUAGCGUGCGCCCUGUAGGUUCUGCGUCAACGUGUGAACGCGGAGACAUGAACAAAUUUCAGAAGAUUGUCUUACACUUGAGCGAUCAAACAGCCAAAUUGAACGGUGAGCAUAAUUCCCUGUGACUUCUGCUUCCCUAACAUUAUUCUGUUGACUGCUCCCAACAUAUCUGCCCUGAUAUUGCCGGAAAUUACUAUGCGUGACCUAUUCUAUACUUUACGUUACUCCACAGUUCUCACAGUUCUCGCCCUACAGUUCUCACCUGUAAAAGUCUAUUUUCCUGCGUUUGAAACAGUGAUAAGCAAAUUAUGUGCUUUCACAUAUUGUAUCUCAUCUAGUCUGAGAGAAAAAACGUGCUUGUACUGGAAAGUCUUAAGCAUAAUAGGCUACUUUUAACAGUUCUCGCCCCUAACUAAAUAAUAGACAAAAUUUCAAACAUUAUUUUUAUACUAUAACAGGGCGAGAACUGUCGUAAAUCACUCAACGCUUCUGUUUUAUGCAGGGAAAUAGCAAUAAUUCAUCGCAAACAAACAUUUUAUCACUGUUUCGAUACAGUUUGAUGAUAAAUCAGAUUUCCAAGGACAUAUAUAUUCACAUAAAUAGCCGAGAACUGAAUGCGAGACAUGUUAACAGGCGCUCAACUACUCAGUGUAACGCAACCUCGAGAUUCCGUUACACUGUCUUCUUUGGCAUCAACGUUCAAGAUACUAUAAAAUAUCUACCAUUUGGCAUGUCUGGAACUGUAGCCCAAAGUGUUACUGACGCUACAUUGCUUUUUACAAAGACAAAGAAGAAACUUUGCAAACAUAUAACAGAAAAGUGCUCUAUUAAUGAUGUUACGGCUAAUGUCGUGAUUAUUUCCAGCACUGUUAGAGCAAAAGAAUAGCUGUUCUGGUCUGAAAAAAUAUAUCAUACCGUCGUCAAAAGAUCAAUUCCAGCAUUAAGGUAUUCAUUGUGCAACAGCUCACAAAGCAACGUCUAAUUUUGUAAACAAAGUGGUUUUCAGACAAUGGAGGUCAAAAGUGUUGGGACCUCUCCAGUGAUAUUACUAAAACUAGCGACCCCUCCCCUCCCACCCCAAACAAAGUUGAAUUUGGAGCAAAAUGGGUGAGAAUGAGUGCUUUUUUGGCCACAACAUUGCUAGGGGGAGUGGGGAAACGACGGGAUGAACCCAAAGCCGAACAAAAAAAUUGUCCUUAGGAGCAGGGUUCUACGUAACAAUUGCUUGGAAGGGCUUUUUCACACAGUCCCAAGUUCUUUUGUCCUCCAUUGUCUGAGAUUGAUUUACAGCGAUAAAAUGAAUUUUUCGUCAUCUUUCACUACAAAAAUAUAGGAAAACGUUUCCAUUAGAACUGUUAAAGUGUAGCUUUUUAGUAAAAUGCUUUCUAUACGCUGCAGCUGAUCCGUCUGUCACGCCAAAGAGUUACGGAUACCUUGCCAAACGGGGGUAUUCGCCGUGGACAUUCAGUUUACCCAAAAGGAACUAAGUGAUUAUUUGAACGACGUGUUUUGGAUUGAGCUAGGGGGAGUGGGGAAACGACGGGAUGAACCCAAAGCCGAACAAAAAAAUUGUCCUUAGGAGCAGGGUUCUACGUAACAAUUGCUUGGAAGGGCUUUUUCACACAGUCCCAAGUUCUUUUGUCCUCCAUUGUAGGUAGCCGGGCGCGCGGAAGUGACCAGAUGCCCAUAUUGACUUCUAGCUUCUAGCUUACAGUGAACUAUGUUAUUAACCAUAACAAAACAACAACAACGACUACAACAACAAUAAUAAUAAUAAUAAUAAUAAUAAUAAUAAUAAUAAUAAUAUUUUUUUUAAAAAUUUUUUAAUCACGAAAAAAUUUUAAUGACAACAAUGCUAACUGUUAAAAUCCUAUUUACAAUUAAUUAGCUUGAAAAAAAGAAAAAACUAUUUACAAUUCCUGUCGAUUUAAAAAGCACUUAAUUUAGCUUAGAAAGAGUUAAUUUAACUUGGAAAAAUUUAUUCGAAUUAAAAACAUUUCAUUUCAUUAAAAAAAAAAACUGUCAGCCUCUAGAAUUCAAAAGAUUCUUUCAACUGUUUAAAAAAAAAAAAAGUAAAAUAAAGACAAUUUAUAAAACAUCUAUAGCGGUUAAGUCUAGGGAAGUCCAGCUUGACCCUUCUCUAUUUCUAGAUCCCUGUCCUUAACAUCUAAGUUCCUCCUUCUCGGGGUUCUCGAUCCCCUUAGGCAUAGGUGCGCCUCCGCAAAAUUGCAAAGGACACUUUCGCCCUGACCCAUGAAAUUGUUGUGGCGUAGCUCUCUUGCUUUUUUGCAAUAAUAAUAAUAAUAAUAAUAAUAAUAAUAAUAAUAAUAAUAAUAAUAAUAAAUUAUAAUGAUUAAAAAAUGUUCUACAGUAAUUAAAUCCUAUCCUUCAACUAAGUGCAAGUAUUAUGUGUUUCACAGAAACGCAUCCCAUGCCUUCACUGGGUAAGUUGUAAUUGAAGUUUUGAUUAUUACUUUGUUGCCCAAUUUGUGACACUAAUGACCGUUCAUGCCCUAUCAUUCCCUUUCUCAGUGACUUCAACUUCAAACCUAUUCGAAGAUGUCUUAAUAAAUACGUCAGUUUGUUUAUCAGUGAUGUAAUUUACAUUUAUAUCCCCUGCAUCACAUGGAUGUCCAGUUUAUGUUAUUACCUGUCCUUGCUGUACUCCCACACCGUUUUGUUUUAAGGUGGCUCGAUGAGGUUUUUCAGGGUCAGUACCCCCCUAGUUUCAGGAUAAACUACGCCACCAUUAACAAAGAUUUGGAAAACUUACCACCACAGCUGUAUUAGAUAAAGAUGAAAAUUUGUUAUGAUCAAGGUUACAAUGACAUUGGAGUUGUCAUAGCAACGAAAUGACGCCAUUACCUAUUUUACUUUUCGCAGCCGUAUUUCCUCAGUGCCGGGAACUCUUCUUCCAAAAUCGUUCGCGGAAGUUUUUUCUCCAAGUUUUAUUUCUAUAGUAAUUCUCGGUGCUUCAUUAUUCCCUGAAGUCUAUUUCCUCCCCUUAAGAGGCCAUGCCAACUGCUUGAUGAGAGGCGAUAGUGUAAUAUUAAAAGCUAAUGCAAAAGUUAGGUUUUUAAGCUAACGCAGCCAGCAAGACUCGAAAACAGUUCCAUUUCAUGAUUAGGUUUAGGCUACGAGGAAGUUAAUUGUAUAUUCAGCUAUUUAUCUUUGUUCAAACGCUUCUUUUUCAGCUUCAAUGAACCAUUCCAGAUUGUACUUAGGAUGCUACCUGGUCAGCGACCCCAAUAUAGGAAUAUUCUAUUCUGGACUUGCUGGGUAUACAGAAAUCGAUGAGACAGUUUGCAUAAAAAGGUGCUCCGAUCUGGGAUAUAGUCACGCCUCUAUACAGUCAGGCAUGCUGUGUUUCUGUGGAAAUAAUGUUCCGUCAGUUAUAACUCAAAAUCAGACUGAAUGCGUCCUGCCUUAUAUUCCAAAGCGAGAAAAAGCACGCGUUUUCAUGCGUUAUUAUCGAAUUCCAAAACACAAUUUUACAGUCAACAAAGUCAGCUUUCCACGUAAUCAGAGACAACUUGGUGAGGUUUUUACAAUCAACGCUACUUUAAACAGUGAACAAAUGGGGCUGCUGAAGUUCACUAUAAAUUUUGGUGAUGGCAACGAGCUCAUUUUCUGCAACUCUCCUGUUACUUACUUUUACAAAAACCCGGGUCAUUACAAGGUAAACAUGACCAUAGAGGAUUUCACAGGAAACCGAUUUAGCUUCAGUGAAGACAUGGAGAUCGCUGAUAACCUCACUGAAGUGAUUUUUCAGUGCCCCGAAGCAUCACCUGUUGGCAGGAUGGUUCAUUGCGAAGCAAAAGUUGCGCGAGGACUGGACGUGGUGGCUGUUGUAACUGUAGAAGACAAAACAAUUGCAUCACAGGAGACCGCAGGUAUGAUGUAAACGAGUUCCCACAAGUUGUCAAGAUAAUGUGGAAGUACAUAAGCAUAAUAUCACUCUCAAGAAGCGAAAAAUUCAUUUCACGUUCCACUGACAGAAGUUAAAUUACAUUAAAUUAAAUUAAUUACAUUUGUCCUGAAAUAUUUCAGCCAUCGCUCAGCCCUUAUAAGUCGAGAGUGCGUGAAUGACGAGGAUACACAGCGCUCUAGCUAGAUAAGUAUAUCAUGCAGUCCGCUUAACAGUACGUUUCUGCAAGCUGUCUGUUUCAAGCGACUAUUCUGGAAAAUUACGAGUAAAUGUCUCUUAAUAGCACUUCACAAGCAAUCAGGCAGAGAUCAGUUUGUGCUAGUAACAGAGCUUUUAUAAUUACGCAAACGGAAUGUAUAGUUAAGUUGAAAGCAAUCUAACUGAGCGUCUACUAGUUGUAUUGAAAGUAGACAUGUAAACAUAAAAUAAAGAUGGUUUUCCAAAACAGGUGUGUUUUAUAUUACUGGAGGGAACUCUUUCUGCUUUCGCUAACUUAUUAUCUAUUUUCCUUUAUUGUUAUCACUAUACUAGGUUCGAGGAUGUCCCAAGUUGGUGAAUACUUUCCGCGCCAUCUGCCAUCAACGCUCUCCAUGCUUGAAACAUUACUAGGAAAUAGUGAACGGACUUAUGUUCUCACAGCAAACAAAUUCCAAGAGGAAGGGUAUCUGGGCGUGCUUGAGUUUAUUGUUCUUCAACCUGGACCCAUUCGUAUUCAGGUUGGUGUCAACCUCUGUUAGACUGAGAGCAAAGUUUGGGGCGUAAGCCCGAGAAGAAAAAAAGAUAAGAUCUAGACGGAUUCGUCUAUGGCUUUUCUGCAAAGGAAAGCUACUAAAAAGCAGAAUACCACGGUUCCGCAAAGUCUUCUACACAGCCGUUCUUUUGUGUCCUCACGGAACGCUCAUUCCAAGAGGACGGGAGAGCGUUGAGGGAGGGGCGUAGCGUGGCGACACAAAGAACGGCGGUGUAGUAGACUAGGUUUUUUAAUGGAGCACCACUAACAACAAAACAACAAAGGCCAUUGGUGGUAUUGUCGGCUCACUUAUACACUAACACGGCCUGGCGUCCCCAUCUCACUCUUUAUAUGAACGCUUGAGAUACACAACGAUUUAUAAUGUUCAUAUGGGAAGGUCGCUUUGUCUAACCUUAUUGUUGAAAACAAAAUAUAAUUACCUCUGACUUGCACUUCCCUUGCAUGCUCAGUGGGGACAGCAGGGUGCGUGUUGUUGAUUCCAUGAUUAAGGGCUUGUUUACAUGGGGGUAGGGACCCCAGGCAGGUGACGUAACCCGCUCAGGUGGGGUAACCCGCCUGUCCAUAUAAUCUCUCAUUUUAAUUUGAUCAUGUGUACAUGAUAGGAGGGGUAACCCGCCACAUGUUACCUCACUUACCUGGGGUCCCCCACCUCCAUGUAAACGUGCCCUAAGAAUGAAGGAGCCCCUGCACAAUUGUGAAUUAUAAAAGAUCAAUAAUUUGGCUCAGAUGCUUGAGGCUUUACUUCUCCAAACCUCGGCGCUACGUAUGGACAGUUUAAAUAUCAAAAUUGGUCUUAUGUGAUUUUUAUCUUUGAAUUAACAAUUUGGCAAAAGUACUGAGAACAUACUAGCGAGCUGUUCAUUUGGACUUCCACUAGGAAUAGAUGGAAUGCACAGAAGACAAUCUGAUCACCUGGGUUUGGACCUUCUAUCACUCGUAAUCUGAUCACGCGCGAUUUGACCAACUAUCACGUGAAACGUACUCUAAAGCACAGCGUUGGAGCAAGAGCGUUUUUACUUUCGAUCGUUGUCACCCACCCUCCGUAAAUCUUGGUUAUUAGAGAGUUUUAGAUCCAAGUUUACUGCGACUUUCUAACCGCUGAAGGCCACGUGACAAGUCUUUCGCGUCACGUCUGGGGUUUACGACGUGCGUUUUCAACGUAUGUCAUUUACCUGAAAGCUUUUAGCGUCUAAUUCUUGUUUUAUCCCACGUAAUGAUACAAAAAUCUUGUGGAGCAAGUCUUUAUCCAUUAACAGAGGCACAACUUCGGGCGAAAUGCUAAAUUUGAUAAAUCCUAUUGGAUCUUGAAAACAAGUGCCAUUCAUGGCUGCUGAUUCAAAAUGGCGGCCGUAAAAUUGCAAGAAGACCUAAUGUAAGAAUUUACAGCUCUUUGCUGCGAGAUAACCCAGUGUUACCGUAAAUUUCUUUUAUUUUCACUGAUUGAUUUUUCUUCUAUUUCUAAAUGGAAAAAUAAACCAGAAUCCACUUCUUUAAUCCACCGCCAAUCUAAAUCGAACUAAGUUUGAACGUCGAACCGCAAACGGAUAACCGCAAACCGCGGUUAGAGGUUCGCGGUAAACUAGGAUCUAAAACUCUCUAUUACUACCAAACCAUGUCUAACUGUAAUAAUUAACUUAAAUAAUUUACUUAAAUAACGAGACAUCUUACUUGGCAGAUUUUCAGGGAAAAUGAUGCUGAGAACGCAAUACAGAACAACUCACCUCAAAACCGCAUCCACUGCACGGAUUAUAAGAUUUUAUUCCUGGAACAAGGCGCUUGUCACAUUUCAAGCUCUCCGUGUGCACAGGUGUGUAGCGAUCAAGGACUGCAUCCCAUUCGGAACUACACGAUCGUCAGUGACAUUAUUUUAGGCCAGCACAUGAGUUCAGGAUAUCACAGCGUGGACCUUUCCAAUAAUUUCACAAAAAUCAAAGUUCUCCCUGGGGACGUGCUUGCUUGGUUCAGCAGCAACCAAACUGGGAAAAUUGCAAUGUUAAGAAACACCACCGAGACUGUAGGUCACAUUUAUGAGGGUGAAGUGGAUGGAGGAGUCAAGGAUGGUUUGUUAGGUCUCCAGCAUACUCUAUCUGGUUUGACGUUUGCCCUGAGUGCUUAUGUUUUCCCGAUAUCUUCAUCAGAUGUAUCAUUUAGCCUCGAAAAGAUAGCCGUCCAUCAAGUCCUAGCCACUAUUAAAGAUAAGUUUGGGAACGAGCAAGUUCGAAGUCAAGAGGUAGCUUACCAGAGAGAGAUUACAGGUCUAACAUUGAAUCUUCCCGAGUUCGCAUUGGUAGGAGAAGUAUCUUUAGGACUGAACAUUACAAACGGAACGAAUGUAACUUAUAUUUGGGACUUUGGAGAUAACCAAAAGACUGAGAUUUUCAACAAAAGGACUGUGGUACACAACUAUACAUUUAGCGGCCCCCAUACUGUAACAGUAAUAGCUUUCAACGGCGUUACAAUUGCUCUUAGUGAAUGCAGUCGCCCGACCAUCUUGUUUCCUAUCAAAAAGCUGAGCAUUUCACCCCUGGACCCUGUCAAGGUAAAUGAAAACGUCACUGUUGUCAUUAGUCUAGCACAAGGAAGCUUGGUCGACUUGAACGUCUCUAUUGGAGAUGAACCAAUGAAGCUCAAUCUUACCGGGAUAAAUGUCAAAAGCAAUUUUGUUGUUGCUAUUAGCCACAUCGUUAGUAGUGCUGGUGUGUAUAAGGUACAGGCGUCUGCUAAGAACAAUCUUAGCAAUGCAUCGGCGCUCUUUCACAUCGUUGCCCAAUGGCCCGUCAUAGGAUUUAAUAUUUCUUUUCCAAAGGAAGUCCAUCCUUCCCAUAAAGAUUUGGCAAUCAACAUGUCAUUCAUACAUGGGACUAAUGUUACCUAUAGUAUCACGUCAUCGGCCAAAUGGGAGUUUCAAAAAGCAGCUGAGAACUUUACUACUGUCGUGAUUCCAAAGAAUAACUUGACAGCCGGUUUGGUAACUUUUGUUGCAACUGCAUUUAAUUUGGUCUCAUCAACCGAAAUUGACGGAACUAUUGAAAUUCAAGCGCCAAUCACUGGAGCAAAGUUUUGGCUUGACUCGCCCUUCCCAGGAGCGGUGGAAGCAGGAACGAAUGCCACAUUUACAUUUUAUUACCAAACAGGUUCAAGUGUGGUAAUUGCAUUCCAGAAAGACAUUGGACAACAAAUAUUGCAAGUAACACCAAGCCAAGGGUCAGUAAAUGUAAGUACUACAUUUAGAACGCAUUAUUAUCGGGGCGUCUUCAAAGCACAAGUGAAUUACAGCAAUGCGCUUAGCCAUGUUUCUCUAGAGACAUCAGUGAUUGUCCAGGAGCCUGUUAAGGAAAUUGAAAUCAUCAUGGAGAGAAUCGUGCCUUUUCCACCUGGCGAAGUCGACAUUAUAGUGAGGCAACAAGGAAUUUUAGCUACUAAUGCUACUGUCACGUGUUCAUAUGGUGAUGGCACAGAGAGCCCAAAGCUAGACUUCACCAACGAUUUUAAUUUGUCCCACAGGUAAUGCAACUUCUACUAUUAAAAAACUAAAAUUUGUGGCCGCAAACUUAUCACUUAUUUACGGAGUGCAAUCUCUCUCUUCCUGUGUAUUUCAAUCUCUCUCUUAAGAUGCAUUAAGUAUCAGUCGACGGAGAACCUUUUCAGUCCAGCUGCAUGCUUGAACCAUGGAACAAAUAAUUUGCGAUAUGGAUCCAAGCUGGGUAAAGCUUUGGACUGGAAAUCUGUGCAUACCAUAAAAUUGCCAACUUCAAAACGAGGCUGCGGUAGUACUUCCCGGUCGUCUCUUCUCUCCAUCUGAAAAGUACGGAGGAGAAAAGUGAAGACCGUUUACAGCUAUUUCGAGAAAGGUUGUCGGAAGAAGUGCACGCGACAAUCCCGAAGGGCAUUGUGGGUGGUUUUGAGUUCACUGUUAUUCAAAGAAAUUUGAAAGAAUGGCACGAGAGGCCAUAGACGUAUGUUUGCUAAUGCUAAAGGAAAGCAACAAUAGAAGACUCGACAGCUAUAGUGCCAGGUACAGCGUAUUGAUCAGCACAUUUUUUCAGACAACCUUUCUCGAAAUAGCUGUAUACGGACAACGGUUACAUGCGCGCACUUUGUCGCAAUCAUGUGCUUAUAGAAGACAUUGUAUCGUUUUCAAAUAAUGACAGAUUUCUAUGGUUUGAUACGAAUUUGUUGAAAAACAGAGGCAAAAUAACGUGACCUGUUUGAUUUUUCCGUCUUUCUUCUCGUGUUUGACCUUGUUCUGUUGCCCUUUCAUAAAAGUCUUCUGCCUCACACGACACACGUUUCAGGGGCACCCAACGAGAAUAUAGUUCAAAACCACCUAAAAAUAGCUUUGUUAAACGUAUUUUAGUAUUUAAACGGUAGAUAGGCAUAUUUUUAUCCCCUAAACAUUUUUCGUAUGUUCGGAUUUCCUAGCUGAAAGCCUAGUAAUCCGAAAUUAUAGGAAUCAAAACUUAUCUUUUCGAGAAUUUCAGCCAGAAAAAAGGCUCCCGCUCCCGAAAAUUCUAGGUGACCUUUGUAGGGUAAAAAUCCGUUAAAAAUGGGCAAUUAUACCAAUUUUUAGAUGUUCGAAAAUCCUAGAAGAGGCAAGCAAGCAAGAAAUUUUACAAAAACUGUUCCGAACAGAUAUUUUCCGAAAAGUGACGUUGGGUGCCCUUUGAUGUUUCACUUUCUUGACUUUUUUCUACCGUCAUUUUUCCUACCCCUUCUUCCUCUUAUCUGCUUUUGUUUUUAUAUAUAUCCACAACAUGUGUCCUUUAGGUUUUUUUUUUUCUGAGAGCCCGUUUAAAGCGAACACCAGGCCCCGCUCUUUCAAACGUUGGAUAUCGCUAUCCACCGGAUAAAUCACUAUCCAGCGGAUGGCGUAAUUGAUUUCCGUAAUACUUAUCCGUUGGAUAGUGAUUUAUCUGGUGGAUAGCGCUAUCCAACGUUUGAACAACCGAGGCCAGGAUGAUAUGGACACAAUGGCAUGUCCCCUUGGUGUCCGCAUGGCCUUCGAGCGAGUAGGUCGCGCUAUCGCCACCGGAUAAAUCACUAUCCAGCGGAUAGCGUAAUUGAUUUCCGUAAUACUUAUCCGUUGGAUAGUGAUUUAUCUGGCCCCGGUUGUUCAAACGUUGGAUAGCGUUAUCCACCGGAUAAAAAUCUAUCCAGUGGAUAACGCGAUUGGUUUCCCUAAUACUUAUCCACUGGAUAGUGAUUUAUCCGGUGGAUAGAGCUAUCCAACCUUUGAACAACCGGGGCCAGGAGGAUAGCGCUAUCCAACGUUUGAACUACCGAGGCCAGGAUGAUAUGGACACAAUGGCAUGUCCCCUUGGUGUCCGCAUGGCCUUCGAGCGAGUAGGUCGCGCUAUUUUUGAGCUCUAGUUCGGUGUAAAUCUCUGUUAAAUUUCUACUACUAAAACCUAAAGCAAAGCGGAAGAAAACGAUGUCUUUCUUGCUUUUGAAUUCAUUACACAUAUUUCUUCUUUUCUUUUUCUUGGUUUUUACUUAUUAUAUGUAAUAUCUAUUUGUAAUAGAAUUAAUUUGGCAUGCCUCGACUAGCGUUUUCUCGCUAACUGCGUGCCAAAAAAUUGUACUUGUAAUAUUAUGAUAAUAAAUGUCUUGUAUUGACCGGGUUCCACUUUUUAACAUUUUGUUAUCAGCUAAUCCUACUUGAAUUUGAUAUAAAUGUGGAAUUUUAUCCCUUGAACUUGAACAAAUUAUAAUGAACGGAUCAAAGGGCGUACCUUCACCUGAUUCGACUGUAAUUCACUUUUUUCCUCUUUUCUACAGGUACUCGGUUGCGGGAGAAUACAAAGUAGUGAUAAACGUAUCAAAUCUUGUGACGUUUGAGUCAAAGGAGGUCAAUAUCGAGAUUCAAGGGAUUCCCACUUUUAUGUUUAUCGACGCAAAAUCUUCCGAAGGUGCCUCAUCAACUUUUUCUCCUCCAUCUGGUAACUCCAUUCCUAUUGAGUUUUCAGUAUUGUUUGAUGUUAAACACGAUGGAGAUCCCAAAGUACUUAAUUCGUCCUUUGAUUUUGGGGACGGUGCCAAUGACCUUAUCGGAGAACAUACGUAUACUUCACUUGGAGAGUUCGUUGUUACAGUCACAUUAAAGCAUCGGUUUGGAGAGCUGACAAACACCACCAGAAUAGUCCUUCAAGAGAGCCUCUCCGGUCUCGCUAUACUCGAUGAUGCCCCCAACGUUGUUAACACACCAACUAAUUUCACACUUACUUGGGAUAAGUUGGGAACAAGAACUUUAAUUGAGGUUGAUUUCGGCGACGGAGAGAAGGCCACUUUCAGCGAGAAUAUCAGCACUUCAGACCCCUCCUUAUUGUCUUAUUCCGUAAUAUCCUCUCAGAAAUAUGUAUCCUUUUUACACACCUACAAAGAACUACGGAGUUAUGUCGUAACAGUUAAUGGAUGGAAUGAAGUCUCCUCAGUUAGUUUGUCUCAUCGAACCGUUACCGUGGAAAAAGAGUGCCGUUAUCCAAAACCAAUAAUUUUGGGAAUGGGCAAAGAGCCAUGGACAGCUCGUGAUAUUGCUAAAGAAAAGGAGGUAAUAAUUUAUGCGAGAAUCAUCAUAGAGUGCAGAACAUCCUAUGAAACAGCCUUCAAGUGGAAAGUCUACCAUCAGUCAUGUGAUCACACAGAAAACGCUUCAACACCAGUGAUAAUCAACACGCGGUUAAGCCAAGCAAGCCUUACUAUACCAUCGUAUUCUUUACCCUCUGGACCUGUUUGUUUAUUUUUGCAAGCUAAGAUGAAAUACUUUGUUGACGCUUUAGAUUCUCAUACUUACGGCUAUCUCAACGUUCUUCCAGGAAAACUAAAGGCCAUGAUUUUAGGUGGGAAUUUUCGCACCGUUAGUUCGCAAAGAAAAAUCAUAAUCGACGGGUCGGUCUCACAAGAUUUGGACACAAAAGGAGGGAAUUUGUCUGGGGUGCAGUUUUCGUGGUUCUGUCGACGGCACAAUGAAAGUUUUCCCAUCGGAGUGAGCAACCUUUCCCAGGUUAGCUUUGAAAAUGUUUCUGAGAAUUCUGUAAAUUAUGGUUGUGAGGGAAGUGGUCCAAGAAUGCUUGUUUAUACAACUCCUGUUUGGGAUGUCCGUCCUGGAGUACUUAAGGACGAAGAGACAUAUGUAGUGAAAUUGGUAAUUAAAAAAGACAAUCGUCAAGCCUCGUUUCAACAAACAAUAACAGUUGUCAAAGGAGUACCACCUCAAGUCGUUGUUGGGUGAGAAUUGUUAUUAUUGUUCUUUCUACUUGUUGACCAUGUAGUUUCUUUUGAAAUACUUCACUUAACUUGUGUGUCUGAGAUAGCGUUUCUCUAAAUAUUAUCCGACACUGAACCGUGGAAGGAAUGGGGAGGGAGGGGGGGGAGGGGGGUCAUCCAGACCCUGAGAUAAGGCGGGGGAGGGGGCGGCCUCCAGAAAAAAUUUUUUCAGCCCUUCGGGCCUCAUUUUGGUCGGAUCCGCCACUGAAAUAGACGGUCAUAUAAAAAAUCUGUAUUUGUUGUAGCUUUUUUUACACGAAUACGAUAACAAAGAAAUAUUUUGCAGUUUGCUGAGGUAGAUCCUUCCCGGUCUGCUUAAAGAUGAUUUUUAUGUGUAUUUUAAAAUUAAAGGGACUAACAGUACGCUUUUAGUAGGGCUCUUUUAAUAGCCAAACUGAGAAAGACUGACUGAAGAUAAUCAAGGGGACCAAUCACCAAUUAGAGUUUUUACUCUGGGGCCUUUACUCUGAUAGAUCAUGGGCAACGAUCAAUAACAGCGAGCGUUCAUUGUAUAAGUCCUUUAGCUUUCGUACGUCUUUUCAGUCAGUUUCUUGUUCAUACUUGUUGCCCUUUUAAAUGUUGCAAACGAAAAACAUUUUAUAAAUGAAAAUAAAAGAUAUUUAUUAUUAUUUGUCUUGGUAGGUGCAUUAAAAAUUGUGAUGAAAAAGUGAACACUCAAAGUCAGUUUUCUGCGAGCUGUAGUUGUAGCAACUGCGACCAAGAGGGCUUUACUAACAUUACCUAUCAGUGGGAUCUGUACAUAAAAGGAAACAUAACAGAGGAGUGGAGUGCUGUCAGUGAUCUAAGCAGCAUAACAAUGACCAACAUUAAUAUGGAAAACAUUGCUCUCAGAAAAAACGCCCUCAUUAAAGGCAAGAAUUAUCGGCUAACGUGUAUCGUGAGGAAUGAAGGUGAGAAGAUAACGGAAGGGAAGAAAAAGAACAUGCGUUAAAAAGUUUAGACUGGCGAAUGAGUGAUUUGAUACAUCCCGACGUAUUUGACUCUAGCCUGCGAAAACAUCCGUUUCUCCUCGCUCUUCGUCGCUGAGGACGUUUCGCGCGGAGGAACGUCUGCGACUCAGUGACAGAAAUUCCAUACUGAUGACGCAAAUCAAUGUUUACAUAAUAAAUUCGGUAGUCAUGGGGUUCCAAAUAUAAAUUUGUCUAAUUUUGCGUGUCUUCUGGUCGAUUUUGGUAAAGUGGUGUGUUAAUCUGCCCACGAGCUCCAGCAAAACUCAAAUGCUUCUUCUAGAGAAGACUAUAUUCCACAAAUAUUGACUGUUUUGUUAGAGAUUCUUCGUGUUUACAUUUGACCUUUUUGGCCUUUUGUCUGUCAUUUGUAAACAAUAGCUAAAACAAUGUAAUUGCUCCGUCGACCAAUCAGCGCUUCUGAACGGACAGAUUUUACGUCAUCAGUAUGGAAUUUCUGUCACCUAGUCGCAGACGUUACUUCGCGCGAAACGUCCUCAGCGACGAAGAGCGAGGAGAAACGGAUGUUUUCGCAGGCUAAUUUGACUCUCGCUAUACGAAAUGUUUCUUUUUUGCUAUGAAUGAAUAAGUGAACAAAUAAAUCUUUUGCAAAGGAAUCGCAACGAAAAAAAGGCGUAAAGCAAGCGGGUGACGAAAAUGUAUUGAAAGAACUACUCUGUCAACUGCUUCUGCGCCCGCCUUAAAGUCAGCUUAGUAGGUAGAACACUGGAUAGCAGAGCGUAAUGUCGCGGGCUUGAUCCAGCCAGAGUCGAACAAUAAUCAAUAAGCAGGGUCUAAGACCUACUAAAAUAUGGAGAUGCUGCCUUCUCUUGUGAGUAAGCGGGCGGCUAUAGCCCUUCGACUGGCUCAGAUGAGCACGUAGAAAUGGACAGUCCCUUCUAUGGUAGGAGAAACCGGGAUCCUUCAGUAAUUAGCAGGAACACUUAAAUUAUUUUUUCUUUUCAAAAAUGUGUAUGUAUCCAAGUAGUCUUCACGAAAGAAUUUUAAGUCAGUCGCUCUCUACUUAUUUCGGCUCCUCAUAAAGCUGCCUAGAAGGUCAUUUGCUGAUCUUACGUAGUUGCAUAUCAAAAACUAUCAUUGAGUACAGGAAAGUUGUUCUCAUACCCUCGUAAGAUCGCGACAAAACGUUUAAAAAGAUUUCGCCAUGUUAGUGCCUGUAAUUUCUUCAAGGGUAGUUCCUUAAAAUCAAUUUUGUUUUGUCUCUUUUUCUGUGCUGAUUUUCCUGUACUGUUUACAGAUGGUGCAGAAGGCCGCAGUGACUAUACCUUCUUGACAAACACUCCACCUAAAAAUGGAAACUGCUCAAUCUCUCCUACAACGGGAAAAAUGCUGAAAACUUUCUUUUAUAUCGAGUGUGAAGGCUGGCGAGACGAAGAUGGCUAUGUUCGUUACCAAGUGUACCAUGGAUAUGAACUCUUACUGCAUUAUAAUGAACCAACGUUGUCCCCAAUAUUGUUACCAAUGGGGAAUCCUCUUAAUAACUAUACCUACACGUUAACGGUGAGGAUUGUCGAUAAGUAUCACAGUUUUGGCGAGGAAGAGGUCACCGUUUCGGUAAGUAGAUUUCUAUAUACCGUAAAUAUGGUAUCAGUUCUCCGUAAAAAAACUAGAAUACAAAGUGGAAAAGCUCAAGUACAAGAAGAGUGGAGGUCAUGCAGCUAAGGAUCAGAAUCAUAUCCGAACUUACAGUUGGCAAAUACGCCAUCCCAGAUCAGGCCAUACUACGUUUUGCAGUCUUGAUUGAUUAAUACAGUCUAUCAUUGAUUAGUGAAGAAUAAUUAAGGGAAGGGAGGGGAGACUUAUUCACUUUCUUCCCUUUAAAAAAGGGGGGUCUUAUUGGAGAGAGAGGUAGGGGGGGAGAGGGGGGCUUCAUGGGGAUUUACGUUAUACGACUCCAUGAAGAUGUAUGCUCUUUCGACCAAGUGUGAGGCCAAGAUGACUGGAUAUUUCUAAAUAUUCUAUGUUUGGGUUUUAUGGACCGUGAUGUCAAAAGGGAACAAAAGUGACAUCCUGCCAUCUUUACCGAACAAGCUUGAACAAAUAAAAGCUAAAUUAUAUGGCCUAGAUAACACUUUCUCGCAGAACAAUCGCUGAAAAUCUCGAGCAGGCGAGAUAGGGCGAUCUUGCCGGCUCAGGUAUCCAAGUCAGAGCUCAAGGUCCCCUUCAUCUUGCCUGCUCGCAGAUAGCAGCCAUAAAAUAAAAAAGGUGGUAAUUAAUUCCAAAGAUCUGAAUUUUUGUCUUUUAAGCAUUAUGAGCAGAAUGGCUUGACGGUUUCACGUGAAUACGACAGUUGUGCUUUAUUCUUAAGGGUUUCCGACUAGAUUAGUUGAUUCACUUUAAUUCGUGAUUGAUAUCAGUGUUGAAUUUGUUGAAUCUCUACUUAGGUGACCGAAUCAGUGAUAAGCACAGAAGAACUGACUGAUGUACUGACUUCUAAAGACGGUUUACUAACAAAUAUGCUGAUUUCUGGAAAUACUCAAGGUAUUGCGCAGCUCGUAAGGUCCUCGUCGUCAGUGCUUGACAUCUUGGCCGCACAGGAAAUGUUGAACAAAGGCAGUGGUGAUCUUGGCGGCGACGGCGCGGACAACAGUGAUAGCGACAGUGGCGGAAGUGGAGGCGAAAAUUUAGAAGACAGUGAUGCAAAAAAGUCCCGUAUGAAGGUACAUCUAUAAUUCAAGCAAACUGAAAGCUGGUAAACUUAUGGCAAUGCUUGCCUUUUCUUAUAAAUAUUAUGAUUUCUUGUCUACACAUGAGCCUAAAAACUCUGAACAAUGCUUUGCGGGUAAACUAGUGGUUGUUCUAUUCUUAACGUCACAAUGUCCCGUUGUUAAUCAAACUACCUCUUUCUUUUGCAGAUGAGAGAAUACAUGCUUGGAGCUCUUGCUGCAGUAGAACCAGAAUCUUUAGAAACGGCAGGAGUUUUGUUAGAAGCAAUGGCAGUUGCCACUGAUAACGUGGAAGAAUUGUCACCUUCUUCACAGGUGAAUAUGAAACUUUUAUCUGCAAAGGGGAAUGUUAAAAAUAGCGUAGUAAAAUGGUCCAAUGACAAUCAAGCUCACACUCUGAAAAAUCUUGUCGUACUUACAACAGUCUCAAAUGUUCACAGUCCCACUCUGUAGGCCUUAACAUUCAAAACCAGGAGCUGGUGAUGGGAAGGGGGAGGCUAGUUUAUGCGGUUUCAAGUUAUUGAAUUGCUGCAAGGAAGGAAGGAAGUAAUGAGUACUAAGCUCUAGUCCAGCAUCCUUUGAAACACCAAAGGCGCUUGCAAAAAGUUAGAACUGACCGGCCGAAACAUAGCUGCGGACCAGUUAUUUUGACAAUGAAAAAUGCUUUUUUGCAAGAGUUUUUGUUGAAAUACACCAUCUCCUUCGUGUAUGCUUUUAAGCAAGGAUUUCACCGAUCUGGCUUGAUGGUUUUGAUUAAAAGUGAAAUUCUCAUUAUAACUGGAAUGGUCUGGCCGGUCAGUUCUAAAACAAAGGUUCUAACACAAAGAAAGUUCCCUAAGUAGGGAAAGAAGGAGCUAUAAAGACGCUCUUUUCAUAUCUAUCUUGUCGAAAGUAAAAAGCAUACCGGACUGCAUUAGGCCCGUAGGCUCUUUAAAAGGACCAAACAGCUCUAGUUGUAUUAACCUUAGAAAUUUCAUGUAGAAUAAAAAACUGUCGCCCUAUCUCCCUCCCUCUAGUAAGGCGUAGGAGUUUUAUCUUUUCACCUCGGUUCGUAUCGGUUUACAACGCUCUUGUUUGUCUAAGCAAUAAAGAACCUUUGUAGUUCCCACACUCUCUUGUCGUUUGUGUUUGAAAGCGCAAUUAUUACGACGUUCCUUGUUCUUUUUGUCAACGUAAUGGUAACUGUACUGAUCUGGAACAGUUACUGUAGGUUUUCUUGUUGUAUCCACUACCACGUCAAAGUCCACGAUGGUAUCUUCGUGGAUUUGGAGAAGCGCUAGGCUAGGCUUGAUGGGGCUUUUACCCAUCUAUGCUCUCAUGAAGUUGUUAAGGAGGCGCAAUGCGCUUGCAAUUUUUUCGCAUUCACAUGAUGUUAAUGGAAUAGUACAAUCAUGCAAUUUUUAGCAGAACGUUUACGUUCGGAGAUAACUGAGAAUGUCUCACUUUUCUUAAUGCCAAAGCGGAGGAAUCUGGUCUUAUUUCCGUUUAAAUAGGAAUGUAUCGGACUUUCCAUCACUCAAUUGCAAGCUCCAUUUGGAAUAACUCUAGUGAUACUUCUUGCAAAGGGUCCAGGUCGGAUCAAGGACAUGACCGUCGAGAAGAUGGUCAUGAACAUUUCAUUGCAUUUGAAUAACAUAUAUUUGUAAUAUAUGUAGGGCCAUGCCAUAUAAAUAGGUUUAUUCGGAAGCAGAUGACUGGAAAGUAUUGGAAAAUAUACGUAGUUUAAGUUAGUUAUAAGCAAAUAGAGAUGAGAUAAGUAAACUUUAAAAUCUGCCUAGGCAGGAUUAUUUUAAGCGGUCCUCUUCUGACAGUGUGGGAAGUCUAUCCGUCCGAUCGCCCAGAACGACCUUAGUCCUACGGGCCUGUAGUGGAAAGGCAAGCGGGAAAUCGAUCAGGGGUAGGAGCAAAUAUGCGUUGAAUAUCUCAUGAGAACGACUUUAAAGCUCUAAUCUUAACUUAUUUCGUAACUUUUUUUCUCUCAUUGCAGUCGAAAAUGCUUGACGUACUUUCAAACGCUGUAUCGACACUUUCGGCAAAGGAUAAUGGCGAGUCUUCUGACUUAAUUGAAUCUGUGGGUGCUGGAGUAAUGGGAAACCUAGGUACUUUAUGCCAUACCUUAUAACAAAAAAACGUUUAGUACUUCCUCGCUUUAGGAGAAAGUGUUCCUAAAAUGUAGUAUAGCUUUGAGUACUUAAUUAAAAUACUCUUCAUUUUAAACUUUGUUCUUCAAAGCUGUGCGAUGCGAGGUUUACCAUUGUCUUGGAUUUCUCUUUGGACGACUGUAAUACCCCAGAGAAAUUGGAAACGAUGGUUAUGCAAAAUUUGGGUUGGGGAAGGGGGGGGGGGGGGGGAAGGUACAUUAUGGUCUAUGUGAAAGUAGUGAAUAUCGCAAAUGAUCUAUCACCAAAACCCAGUCAGGAAGCAAAGCUCUCUUGUCAUAAAAUCGCAAAGGUAAACGAUUGUGAACUUUUAUACAAUUCUAUGGAAUUGAAAAUGCGAAAUUGUGAUCAAAUUUUAAAGGAUAUGCAGCUACCUACAUGACUUUGAGGUCUUUCGCGUAGUCUUAAAACCUUCAAAUCCGAACUCGUUACUCAAUGCCUCGAUGGUAUUUCACUUCUUCCCAAUAAUUGUCAUGCCUUUAACUAGAAAGUGUGCAUGUUUUAUAGCAAUGAAGUAACCAAAAUAAUAAAAGAAAUUUGUUGUGACUGAUGUUUGUAUCUUAGGUAACAUGUUCGGUGCGUCAAAGUAUAGAAAAGAGAGAAAUGCCAAGCGUGCAAUGCUUUUACAAGAACAAACGCAAAAUGCCGACCAAUCACAAGAAACGAAACAAACUUCUCUAAAUGUAAGUUUGAUCUUCACGUACCCAAUGCAAAAAUGGCUGCUGGAUUGAUAUUCUUUUGUUUAAAUUAGAAUCAGCCUGACCAGCCUAGUUUGAGAUAAUGUGUUCUUUUGAAUUUGAAUUUGUACGGAAGAAGGAGGCUAGGCAGGCCAAUCUUAUUUAAACAAAAUAAUAUGAAUCCAGCAGCCAUUUUUGCAUUGGGUUUAUGUGUAGUUCUAAAACAAUUUUCUUCUCGUCGGAAAGAUUUAUUCAUUUCAUAGCCAAACGGCAAGUAGCAGCAGCAUCAGUAACAAAAACAAUGUCAAUGAAAACGAUAAUGCCAAACAGCCGAGUAGCGUCAUCAACAACGGGGUAAUUAUAACCACCAUGACAAAUAUAAUAAUAAUGAUUAUAAUUAUACUAAUUAAUUAAUUCCUGAGAAACAGAAAUGCUGGAAUAGAGUUGGUAGCACUUCAAAAUACAGUUUUGCUGGGAUCAGCGAGGAUCUUCUGAAGAGUUUUUGAAGUCUAAGGUUGCCUGUUACCACCCGUUGAUGGGACUAGGAGGCAGAGUGGCUGAGCGGUUAGAGCGCUGGACUUGCAAUUCGGAGGCCCCGAAUUCAAGUCCCGCUCUGACCACUAGCCGGAUUUGUUCACGAUAGUCACGAGUUCAAAUCCUUGGCCUCGCUUGUAAGUAGCCAGCUGGUUUGCCUCAGGCCAUCUGGGAUUCUUAACCCCGUUUCUUUGAUUUGAAUUAUUUGUUUCAUUUAUUUGCUCGGCCCCACUAGCAUAGAUCUAUAAAUACUGCCGAGGGUAUAUAAAGGAAUUAUUAUUAUUAUUAUCAUUAUUAUAUUAUUAUUACUAAAAUUUCCAUUUACGACAAGAGAAACAACAGGUUCAAAUCCCUGUUGGUCCACAAACUAGGGACUAUGAUAAUAUCUGGUAUUAUAUCUGUCUCAGUUCAGAUGAUUACGUAGUAGGUCAUUGACGUUAAGCCAUGGACCUUGUCUCCUUGCCUCCAACGUCUGAGGGACCCUAUAAGAACCCAUACUCCUGUUCGAUAGGAGUAGGGCGUGGUUGUAGAAGGGAGAGGUCUGUUAGGCCGGCAAUAACUGGCAUUACGCUGUGGCGGUUACCUUUUGAAGAACUUGCCAUAAGCUAAUCAAUAGCGCAUGAAUAAACAAUCAACAACAAAGAAAGAAACCUCUUAUUAAUUCUUAACUCCAUUUUUAAUUCAAGGUCGUGGAAGAGACAUCUGAAAUUAACAAAAAUGUAAGUAAAGAAUUUUUCAGCCACAGCUAGCAUUGAUUUCUUGAAUUAGCUGUAUAGAAAAUCUCUCGUCUUCCAAGACAAGAUUCAUCACUAAAACGCUCUUGGUUGAGACAUUAAUGAAUCCUUCCACAAGUAAAUAAAGCCAUGAAGAAAAUGAAAGAAUCAAUUACUAAACACUCACCUCGUUUAUAAUCUGCUUGUACACUGGAAAUUUACUAGAAGUCUCUCGAUUUCGUCCACGUGCGUUUUACGUGAUAGGCCUUUCCAGAUUAUGCUCCGAAAAAGCUAAAAAGUUGCUGAGAAAUAUGCUAAAAAGUUGCUCAAAAAUUUUGUAAAGUUGCUCGAAUAUUUUUAAGACAGCAUGUCUAAUUUUAAUAACAAUUGCUUUGAAAUCAACAUUAAGGUACAACUAAGUAUUAACUAGUUACAACAAAUUAGGCAACCGUUAGUUGAACCUAAGUGGCUAGUUACAAAAAGUUAGACAGUAAGUGUAACAAUCUGGCGUCCACCAUUUUUUUUACACACAGUCCACAGGCUACCACAAACUCGUUCCCAGGGCUUUUCCCUUCUCUUAGGGGGCGCCCCCCACUAGAAGAGAAAAGCCCUGGGAACGAGGUUGAGGCUACCCAAACCCAAUUCUUGUAAUUAAUUACCACGUCCACAUGAUACCCAUUCAAAGAGUAAAAAUGUGAGUUUUACUAGAAAGAUGUUUAGAAUUUUAACCAAGAAUUUUAACUUGUUUAUUUUACAAAAAAGGGUUAUUCAGCAUUUUGGUUCAAAAUGGCCCAAAGUUACCAAAAAAGUGCUAGUUUUCCGAAAAGUUGCUAGAAGUUGCUCUUUGACAAAAAAGUUUUUCAAAAUCCUAAAAGUUGCUAAAAAGUUGCUGAGCAGAAUCUGGAAAGGUCUAUUACUUGAUGUCAUCGCACAAGAGUGAAUACCCCGGAUAAUACAAAAUUAAUCGACUGCGCAUGCUUCUGAGUUACAUCCGACAAAUUUUGGCUUUUCGCCGCUAUUGUAGAGAAAAGUGUGCUGGCCUGCAAAGGUUCGCCAGCAUCUAUCGAAAAGUCCUCAGCUUUCCACUUGAGGCGAAAACAAAAUAUGACAAUCUGCCACCCGCCUUGAAACAUAUUCGUCAGAAAACGUACAAAGAACAGACGACUUAUGUGCUAAUAAUGAAAAAAAAGAAGAAAAAAAAUGUCUUUUGAGGAAAUAACUGAAAAGACUGGACGAAGACAAAAAAUUUUGCAGUUUUAGGGAAUCUUUCGUUAUAGUUUCACCUUGUUUCUUUUUGUUUUUUUCAAAAAUUUGAAGGCUCGCAACACAACCAAGACCGCCAUGAAAGUUUUCCAUGACGUACUAGACGCACUAUCAGGUGACCUAGCGACAGGCCAGGAACCUCAAGUGAUCGAAGGUGAACGGUUGUCCGCAUUAGUCAUGAAAAUGCACGUCGAACGCCUCUCAGGGUCUUCUAUCUCCAUCGUUGGGGGAUCAUUUGUUUUGUCGAAUAUGGAGGAAAUUUUGGAAAGUUGGGAUGAAGAAGAUUGUUACAUCCUAGCUAAGGUAAAACCAAAAAAUAUGGCCAAAGCAAUGAUUGGGUUAAAGAAGAAAUUUUUCACAGAAUUAUUGCCAUUGUGCCCCUAUUUGUUUGACGUCUACGUUAAUGUUAUGGACUCUUGAAAGAUAUUUUGGAAGCGUUCCCUCUUAUCGUAAUCUGUCAAAAAUUAAUUAAGGUUGGUGGUUUGAGCGCAGAUGUAUUUAGCAUGAAAAGUUCUGAUGGGGAACACUAUUUUUAUUUCUCCUAAUGAAGACGGGGCCGCCUUUUACGUGGUCAUCAGAGCCACACAAAAGUCUAGCCGCCUCAAGGGCGAAGGUAGCACCUCCAUUUCUCAGAUAUUUUAAGCCCUUUUAAGACCCUGACUAUUGGUCCGGCCUCGGGAAUCGACGAACACGACAUCCGGCUCUACCGUCAUAAAGGGCCCUACUGACUGAGCUAAUCCACAGUGAACAGUGAGUGAAGUUGUGAAGACUGAUCUGCCUGGUUAGAGCAUUAUUUGAUCCUUGAAGUAAAUGGGGGGCAUUAGAAAAUGGAAUACGGACCUUAUUUCUUCACUUUUUACUACACGAUAUGACAUCAUCCUUCACCUUAUGUGCAUAACAGUGCUUGGAAGAGAGAGAGAGACGUUACUGUCCGUAGAGGAUUAUUAGUUCUAUUUUCCAUUUAAGUAAAGAGUCUAAAAUCGCACAGAAAGUUAGGUUCGCGCGUGUUGCUCAUGAUUGACAGUCUUACAUAAAAUCCUAUUUUCUGUUUUUUUAGGGGUUAAAUUCCAAAGAUAACCCUUUUAUUUGGGAUAGUUCCUCAUCUGAAGUAGAAAGCAACUGCCUUGGACUCCAGUUCAUAGACUGUCAUGGAAAUCCUAUCCGCGUAACAAACUUGAGUGAACCGAUCUUCAUAACUAUUCCUCGCCAAGGAGCCAGUGAACCGCCAAAGCCUCAAAAUUUUACCAUAGAGAAAGGAAAGAUUAAAACGCACAAAAUCACUGUUCAAGACUACAGCCACUCGAUUCACGCCAUGAUCCAUCCUUUGGCAGUGAAUUGCACGCAAAAGUUCAGGGUGUUCCUUCGACAAGAUGAACGGCCAACAACUGAGCAGUUCGACUUUAACUGGACCAUGGAUGUUGUUCCUGGUGUUUUGGACUGGAAAGAGGGAUUUUCCUUAUCUGUGUCUAAUUUGGAACUGGGUAGUCUACCCAAAAAGUCUGGAAUUUUCUAUUUGGGUUUGUACGUGGAAGAUGAGGAUAUUCCAGGGGAAAGUGAAGAAUGUGCAGAGCUGGGGUACACUUUGUUUUCUUUCCUUUCAAGUUGCAAUUUUUGGGACGAAGAUGAGGAGAAGUGGACAGCACAUGGUUGUGAGGUAAACUUCGUGAUUAAACAGGCCGCAUUAUUACAAGCCCCAUGUGGUCAUUAAGAGUACUUAUGAUGUGAAAAUAUAUUUAUUAUUGUAUCUAUAUCUAGGAGAGUGUUUCCUUAACAAAAUCCCCCCAAAAAAGGAAUUUGGAAUUUAAAGAAAAACUACACUAGGAUAGGACUCGUCCCAUCUAAUCUAAAUCCAAACAUUUCGAAUUUUACUCACCGGCGUUAUUUGUUACUUUGUGAACAGAUCAGAAAAGAAAGUAUUGCUAACAUUAGUUUUGGCAGACGCCCUCGUCUUGCUUGCUUGCCUUAGUCUUUUAGGCUAAGAUGAAGAUUCCAAUCCUCUGAUUUAGUUAAGAAUUCAAGCACUCUAGUUCAAUGUUUUGUUAACUGCUGUUUACCAAAGGUUGGCCCUGAGACUACUUUCGACAUGACAGUGUGUCGCUGCACUCACUUGACGAAUUUUGGUGGCGGCUUCUUCGUUGCUCCAAAUCCAAUCGACUUUGACGCUGUUUUUGAGGCAUUUAGCGACCUUUCAUCGAAUCCUUUGGUAUUUGCAACAGUUCUCACCAUAUUUGGUUUGUAUUUUGUCGGCGUGAUUUGGGCACGAUGGCGAGAUAUAAAGGACUUGGAAAAGGUAUCUCAGGGUUUUGAUUGUUUUUUUUUUCAUUUUUGAGAGAGAAAUCAAAUGAAAGUCAUUUAUGUGAACAACACCCGAAUAUUCGGGUUUUCUCUCUUGCAUUGCUUUUAGCGUUUACGAGGUCUCUUUCGCGAGGCUUGUCUGUCGCGUGGUUGGUUUGUUUACGCCCCUUGGACUCCCCCUUUUUCAUUCUUUCUCCUAGUGCGGCUAAAACCGAAAAUCCCUUUCCUCGGUCUUUCUUUACUCCUAAACCAAACGAAAAUGCUUGCGACGCAGGCUAAACGCUUCGUUGAAACGCGAGUCGCAGGAGAAAGACUCACGCGGGCUCCGGCUUGCAUAGCAAUCGGUCCAAUAUUAAUGCGCGUGAGUUGUUCAACUGGUUGAAACCGGUUUUAAAACCUGUUAAUCACGUGUCUACCUCCAAGAUUUUGGUGGCGUCUCAAGAAAAUGCUCAACGGAGACCACAAGCGGCUUGCUGCAGAGGUUUCUCAACGCGACAGACAAGCCAAGCGAAGGACUUCGCAAACGCUAAAAGCCGUGCAAGAUAGAAACCUCGAGUAGAAUAUUCGACAAGUCUGAGGAUUUUACUCUUGUCUGAGCCUGAAGUCCUAUUCACGUAUUGAGCAGUAAGAGAAAUUAAAAUUUAAUUUCUGGUUGUUUUAUUACAGGUUGGUGUAACUCCGUUAUUGUCGAAUGAUCCUCGUGAUACCUACGCCUACGAAAUUACACUGCAGACUGGCUUCAAGCAAAGAAGAAGAACCACCGCUGAUGUGUUUAUUCAAUUGAUUGGCAGUUUAGGCGACAGUGAACCCCGUAUGUUAAAAGACCCGAAGCGCCCGAAAUUCGGAAGAGGAGAAAUAGAUCAGUUUCUGCUAACCAUGCCGCAGUCCCUUGGAAAAAUAAAGGAGAUCCAUGUCUGGCACAACAAUUCUGGAAAACAUCCGGCCUGGUAUUUAUUUCGGGUCCUCAUUCGUGAUUUACAAACGGAUGCAAAGUGGUGGUUUGUCUGCGACCGAUGGCUUGCUGUCGAGGAAGACGAUGGUACUGUUGAUCGUAGACUUUAUUUAGCAUCAAAGGAAGACCUCACAAAAUUUAAUAUCUUGUUUGCAAACGCAACAAGGAAAAACCUCCUCGAUGGACAUCUGUGGCUGUCAGUGUUCACACGCCCUCCUAAGAGCACAUUCACUCGUGUGCAACGUCUCUCUUGUUGCCUUUCUUUGAUACUUACCACGAUGCUGGCCAAUUUAAUGUUCUAUCAAGUUGGUGCAGAUGAUAGUUCAAGUGGCAGCCAAUCAAUAAACAUAGGUCCUUUUAUUUUCAGUGUACGACAAAUUAUUAUUGGAAUACAGAGUAGCUUCGUGGUAUUGCCAGUAAAUAUGAUCAUCGUUACGAUUUUUCGCAAGUUAAAACCAAAAGAGGUCAAAAGCAAGUCCAAAAGAUAUGAAGAGAUAGAAGAGACAACAAGGCCUUCAUCCAGCAGUAGUAUCGCACGUGAGAGUUCUCAAGAAGUUUGUAAGGUGGAAGAGGAGAGCAGUAAGAAGAAUGCUAGCUCUAGCUGGAGGAAUAUCUUGUCACUUUUCAAGAGGGACGAUGAAUCGGAGGAGGCUCAGAAUAAAGCAAAGAAGCGAUUUCUGUUUCCCCACUGGUGUAUAUACAUUGCUUACAUGCUUGUUAUUUUAUCUUCGCUUGUCGCUGGAACAUUUUGCAUCUUUUAUGGUCUUAUGUUUGGAAAGGAGAAGUCCCUGAAGUGGCUAACAUCUAUGUUGGUGUCAUUUUUCCAAUCCAUUUUAGUUAUUCAGCCAUUCAAAGUGCUUCUUAUUGCAGCUUUCUUUGCGUUGAUCAUCAAAGACCCUAACAAAGAAGAAGAACAGGAACAAGACAAUGUCCCGGACCCUUCAUUGAAAGCAGAUGAAGAGUUAAUGACUGCUGAUAAGCCGGAGAAGGACAACGCUGAAAGGUAACCAACAUCGUAUAGCUUCGAGCACGCUCCCUCUCCCGAAUCAGUUGUACACAAGUAAAGAGCAAAUGAGGGCUCCACGGGACAAAGCACGGUCCCCAGCCCUCUAUCAGGAAAAUCUUCUUUCUCCGUUAGGCCAAUUCCAGUUAUCUCAAACUGCUAGUGCUUGCAGAUUUCCUUCCAAAGGUUUUCCAAAUUUCCCCAGCUAAAGCAAAAAUUGUUAAUAAGCGCUUCGAUCCCAGAGAUUGACCACUCUUAUCUGAAUAAGCAACCCUAGUUUUCCUACGAGAAGCCAGUGAGAUCAGGGGGCCCUAUGGUUCAUUUCAGUACUGAAUAAUUAGUAAUUAAUGGACGAGGCUGAGUGGGAUAUGAAGAAUUAAGCAGAUCUCGUGGGGUGUUAUCCACCGAGGCCGACGGCCGAGGUGGAUACACCCUCCGAGAUCUGCUUAAUUCUUCAUAUCCUACGAAAGCCGAAUUCAUUAAUUGCUUUAUUAUUCAUUCAAAAUAACUCCAACUUUAAAAACAUAGCAAAAGCAUGCUUACCUGCAUCGAUGUUAAGUUCAUCUUCGAUAGUGUACAUUUAGAUUUGUCCAGCUCCGCAAAUAUUCUCCAAAUAGCAGAUGUCGCCCUCCGAGUGGUCUUCUUGCUGUUUUUGCCAUUUUUUUUAGCUAUUAUUUCGCCUAGUUCCAGCUGUAGUUCUUACUUAUGAAACGAGUGAAGUGUCCGCCAUUUUUGUUUUCACAACCAAAACUACUCAACCUCGUCCCCAGGUCUUCUCGGUAACGGUGCCUUAACCUGUAGCGUGCUGCAUUAUUGACGCCAUUUCCUCGUUGAAGACAAAAUUCUUCCAAAUUCGGUCAUCAGUAACUGCUUAUGGUGAAUUAUGCGUGUGCUUUUAGCCAAUCAGAAUUGGGGAAAUAUCUUGAAUGAAUAAUAACUGCUGUUUAUACUUUGGGGUGUAUCGUUACUAGCAAAUGAGAAAAUGAUAGAAACUCUUCUUUAGAAAGGCAAGUAUUUGUAGCUUUAUUCUGAUAACUCUUAUCGUGCCCUAGCUAGUAAAAUAAGCUGUUACCAAAACGUACAACCAGCAACCUUUAAUUCAAAGAGGAGUUUUGAGGAUAAAUAAUUAUUUGUUAUGUUUUCAGGUUAGGCCUUGAUAAUAAACCACCGACCGCGAAGAAAUUGGAAGCUGCCAGAAAAUUAAGAUUGAAACAGUGUGAAAUGAAGGCCAUAAUCAAGGAGAUUAUAACUCAUAUCCUGGUUGUUUGCGUAGUGCUUAUAGUUGCCUAUGGUAACCACGACCGAAGGGCUUUCAACAUGAAUAAUGAGGUUAAGAAUAUCUUGGUGGAUGGUGGUCCAAAGCAUAUACCGUUUGAGAUGGUAAGGCAAAUGUGUUUCUGGAAUUCGAAUUGGAUGUGAUAAGUAAGAUUUGGUUACUUCCGUUUUGCGGCUUUAAGCUAUUUUAAAAUUAAUGUUUUCCUCCUAUCCACAAAGAAAACUUGACCAGCACAACCACAGUUACCUAGGACGACAGCGAAACGUGAAAACUUCCAGCCACCGUAACUUGGCGCUCGGAGUGCGCUUAUAGUAUUUGUCGCGUCAUUCUGGGUUAUGGCAAUACGCCACCAAUCUCAAAAGGAGACUCUUGCAAAAGAGUAAAAAUCCGAAACGUGCAAAUGUGAACAAAUCGGUGAGUCUAGCAAUUGCUUGGAAGGAAGUAGAAUGGUUUAGUUAGGCAAAUAAAAUAUCUGCUUUAUACAAGGUUCUAUCCUCGGCUGUUAACAAGACUCUUCCUUACCUAUACACCUACCUCACAUGAAAAGGUCUUAUAACGCAUAUCUCUUAUCUGUUUCAGUUAAAUUCAAAAAAUUGGUUUUGGAGGUGGUCAAUUGACAGCUUAAUUCCAAGCCUAUUCCCCUCGAGCACAUGGGAAGAGUACCCAUAUGUAGGGAUUAUGGACAAAGGACAAGCCUCUAACGUCUUGGGCAUUGGUCGCAUUCGACAGCUAAGAAUUAAAAAAGGUUAAUUACGUAGUUACAUUCAUAUAAUUUAUAUUCUUUCUAUCAUUAUCUAAAGUACCUCACUAGUGCUAGUUAUUCCUGCUUUUUACAAUAACGUUUCUGUUUUUGCUUUUUGUUUCUUUUAAGUAACUCUUGUUACUGUUUUAGUCUUUUACUCUUAAGAUGUGUUAACAGUUACAAUUGAACGUUUUUUGGCAUUUACCAAGGAAAAUAUAGACGGAGUCGACGAGUGACCUUUGGUUAGGGGCUGUAUAUAUCCCGAAUGACCUUCAGUUUGGAAUGAGUUUCAUUCCAGAGUGAGGUUGGUAGUACUGCACAGGUGGUAAAGACAAAAAAAAUAGCGGAGAAGUGAAAAAGUGCGAACCAAUAAUAAUUAUUGUAGCACCAGGACGUAAUUUCAUUAUCAUUUAAACAUUUUACUUAUCCCUUAUCCAAAAAAAUUAUUUUGUCAAUUAUUCCUUAUCCCUAAAAUUAUUUGUCCAGUUAUCCCUCAUACCGAAAAGCCCUAACAGGGCUUUACGAUAGCAGAAUGAAUUUUCGUACCGAAAUGAGAAUUUUAUUCUGAAUGGAAACCGGGAUGAACUUAUUCCGGACUGGCUUGAACGGGAACAUGGAGUGAAAUCGUUCCCAAUGACAGUUCAUUUUGAUAUCAUGUAAACAGCCCCUUACAGAUUCAUACUAAUGUUUGCUUACAAAAUAUGAAAAAAACAAUUUAAUUUCUUUCUCAGAUACGUGUCACGUUCCAGAGGCUUUUUCCAUGUACAUAAAAGAAUGCAAUGACUUUUAUUCUUGGGCAGAAGAGGAAAGAGGCGACUUCAGUGAAGGGUGGUCUCAUUUGUCAAUCGUUAACCAGAGUGACGAAGUUGCAGACAAUGAGCGUUUCACAUCACCAUGGCAUUAUCAAAGCGUGAUGGAAGCCAGCAGUUGUCCUUAUAUGGGGAAAAUUGCUUCCUAUCGUGGAGGAGGUUUUAUUGUCGAACUUGCUCCAGAUAACGUCAAUGCAACGGAGCAGCUGAUAAACCUAGAAGAAAAUGGCUGGGUUGAUAGAUACACGAGAGCCCUUUUCACCGAAUUAAGUAUAUAUAAUGUCUACGUCAAUCUCCUUUGCGUGGUAACGUUAUUGUACGAAGAGUUACCUACUGGCGGUGGGGAGACCUUUGUUAAUAUCCAAGCCAUUAGAGUUUACAGGUACAUUGGAAACUUUUCAGCCGCUUUGAUGGCAUGUGAGGUAAUUUUUGCUUUUCUGUUUUUCCGAUGGGUUUUACGAGACGGGAAGAAACUGUGGAAGGAAAGAAAAGCGUUUUGGAAAAACGUAUGGAACAUUGUUGACAUUUCUCUGACAGGCCUUUGUCUAACAUCUGUGGUUCUAUAUUUUAUGCGCUUAGUGUUCCUCGACUCUGCCAUCAACCAGGUACGCGAAAAUCGUUCAAAAUUCGUCAGUUUUCAAUACGUUGUACUACUGAAUGAAGGUGUGAACAUCGCAAUUGCGCUGGCCGUUUUACUAUUAAAUCUAAAAUUUUUGCGACUGUUAAGGUUUAACAGGAAAAUCUCAGUCUUAUCUGCUACAAUAAAAGCAAGUUCAAUCAAGCUGGGGAGUUUCAUGGUCAUGUUCCUCGUCAUUUUCUUGGCCUACUGUUUCCUGGUAUUUCUGGUGUUUGGGCCUGUACUUGAAGAUUACCGUACGAUAAUACGAUGCAUGGUCUCCAUGAUGUCAAUGGUACUCGGAAACUUUGAGUUUUAUGACUUAGUAUACGUCAACCGCUUCAUUGGGCCAGCCGUCUUUUUUACCUUUAUGAUAACUUUUCAGUUUAUAAUCAUAAACGUUUUCAUUGGAAUUCUCUGCGAGUGUUUUACUGAUGUUCGUGCAGAUGCUCUGAAACAAUCCAACGACUAUGAAAUCUUACAGUUUAUGGGUAACCGUAUUAAGGCCUUCAUGGGAUUGUUUGUUGAGCCGCCCAUUCGCCCUGAGUACAGCUGGCCAAAGAGCGAAUUGGAAAAGAAAGUGCAAAGCAUAGAAGAAAAGGCGGACACAACGAUGUUCUUUAUGCGAAACUUGUGUGCAGAAGAUGUGCGACAGAUAAAAUGGUUUGAACGGGACUCGUGGUCAGCGAAGAAGAGCAUGGUAAUGUCAAUGGUGUUAAACGCAGAUGAUGAUAUCAUGGAAAACGACUUGUGCGAUGGCGUGGAGGCAAUGAACAAAAUUGUGGAAAAUUAUUCCGAGAACGAGUUAUGUAGAAUGCUUGUUGCGUCUAGGUUGCGACGGCAGUCAUCACAGAUCGGUGCAAGCUCUUCCGGAAUGUCAGAUAACGAAGAGUCUGAGGAUUCGGAGACGGAAGACCAAAAUUCUGAUGAGGAUGUAAUGAAAGCGAAGCUCAUCACGGUGAAUGAGUAUGCCAGUAAAAGUAAAUGUGAAGAAUCUGGAAGCGAUAAAGAAGAAGAAGAAGAAGAACUGAUGGAUGAAAUUGAAGAAGAUUAUGAAAAAAAGGAAGAGCAGGAAGAAGAACACCGCCAAGAAGCAGAGGGGCACAGUGAAGUGGAAAGGGAAGGGCAAAUACAGCCCAUUACCUCCUUAAGUACAGAUAACUACAACUACACAGCAUCUUCCAGAGCUGCCAGGCUCUCACCUUCAAUCACAGAAAGUCAAAGUAUAGGAAGCAUCGAAACCUUCGGAUCGGAACUUGGUGGGACCAUGAAUGACAAUUUUCAAGAAGAGAGAAAUGAUUUUUCCAUUAAAACGUCAACACCACUCCCAAGUGAUAUGUCAAGUAUUCAGGUUGCUGGUAUCCCUGCUCAUCAUCACAUGCAUGUGGGGAUUGUAGAUAAUUGUACCUCUAUUUUUGUCGAAGAAGCUGGUAGCUACAGUUCAUCGCUACAGUUCGACAGUGAAGCUUAA